AUGUGGGUCAUUUACAUCACUUUCGUGAGGUUUUUGGCAGUGAUAACCUAUAUAAUGACCGGGCGACGUGUCCCUUCUCCAGGGGAUGUAUCAAAAGGUGGGCAUGGACCUGUACGUUCUCCAAGGGAUGUAUCAAGUGGUGGGCGUGGACGUAUCCCUUCUCCAGGGGAUGUAUCAAGUGGUGUGCAUGGGCGUGGGCGUGGGCGUGGGCAAGCAUCUGUCCCUAGUUGUGGACGUGGGCGUGCAUCAGAUUCUUGUGGUGGACGUGGGCGGGGUUCGGAGUCCGGUGGUGGACGUGGGUGGGGUUUGGAGUCUGGUGGUGGACGUGGGCGGGCGUCGUAG